AUGGUGUGCGACCAGAACCCCGUGGCGAAAUGUGCCGCCGAAAGUGAUCGCGGUGAGAAGAAGUCAUCUCCACUGCACGUGAUACACAAGCCACGUGAGUCGUUGCUCAGCAGUCCGGAGCCGACGACCAACUACAAGGGCUUCGUCAGCUUCUGCGUCGUCAUUCUGUGGGAAACUUAUGUUGUUCGAGUUGAAGCCUACUUUGAAGGAAAUGCUAGUAUCGAAGACAAGAGGAGGCGCGCACUGUUGGUAGCCGCGCUCGGCUCCAGGCCGAUUGGAAUACUGUGCGGAAUAUGCGCGCCUCGAAGGGUCAACGAACUGACGUACAAGGAAGUUGUCGACAUCCUGGGUCGACACUACGUGCCCAAGCCUAACGAAAUAGCGGAAAGCUACAAGUUUUUCAAUCGUCAACAGCGGAAAGGCGAGUCGGUGCAAGACUUUAUCGUGAAACUGAGGAAAAUCGCUGAAAACUGCAAUUUCGAAGACAGCUUGGACCGCAUGCUGCGGGACCGCAUUGUUUGCGGGGUGCGGAACGAGACAGUCAAACGUCAACUACUGGCAAGGCGAGAACUGACUUUGGCAGAGGCAGAAGAUUUGGCGACCGCGGCAGAGGUAGCCACAAAGGAGGUAAAAAACAUGGAAAGCCAGGAAGUAAAAAACAUGGAAAGCCAGGAGGUGAAAAAUGAAGCGGAGCUACACAGAAUAGCCGGGAAGUCCCGAAAACAGUCAGUCCUGGAAAGGAGGUACAAUACAAGAAAAGAAGAAUGCGAGCGAUGCGGAAACAGUUCACAUGCACGAGACGCGUGUCGGCACAGAUUCGCCAGAUGUUUCCGAUGCGGCAGACAAGGCCAUUUCGCGAAGGAAUGUGGGGCGCAUCAUGACGUUGCAACUGCAGGACGACCAAGCUCGACGAUUGCAGCUGCGACGGCGUCAGAGGGCGAGGACCUGGACUUGGCAUAA